UUUCCGUUUUUUUUUUUGUGAAUAACUUUAUGUUUACCGACUGAUUCACGAUGUUUCGCAACAAGAAUCACUCUAAAUUGUAUAUAAAUGGAUUAUACAAACCUUUAUUCAUGUAAUCCAUGCCAAGUUUCGAUAAGAAGUCACUUAGUUUUUGUGUAUCAGAGAGAAUGCGUUAUGCGCCAAUUUCAAUCUUUUGAAACACGUGCUUUUUCACGCGCUAACCUUUGUUUUUGUUUCCACUUACUACGCGUGUCAGAGACGUCAUAAACUUGAACAAAAACACUCAUACGAUGGUAGCAGGUUGCACUAACAUAAAAACAUAGUUUAAAAUGACGAAAAAAAAACAUCAUAUUUUCAACUUUUUCUAUGGGUCAACGCACUGUGCGAUCCCAGACGCCAUCUUCAAUUCCAAGAUGGUAACUUCCGGUUUCCGGAACACAACCUAAAACGGUCGAAUACCAAUAUGAGUAUUUCAGGGAUCGGGAUGAUGAAACUCCAAACGCGAUUUUUAAAUUCAAGAUGGUAACUUCCGGUAUCUGGAAAACAUUCAAAAUUGACCAAAUACCAUCGCAUAUGAGUAUGAUGCCAAGAGAUCUGAAUACGACACCAGACGAACCAGAAAUCACCAUCUAGAAUUUGAAAAUCGCGUCUGAAGUCGAUUUCCGGUCUCAGGGCGUCAUUCGAUUUUAAGAUAUACACAUAUUGGGGGGUACUCGACCAUUCUGGGUUGUUUCCUAGAAACCGGAAGUCGACCUCUUGGGAUCCAAAAUGGCGUCUGGGGUCAUUUAAUGGUCUCAGAGCAUCAUCCCGAUUCCGAAAAUACUCAUAUUACCUAGUAUUUGAACACAUUUUGUUGUUUUCCAGAAACCGGAAGACGCCUUCUGGAAUCGAAAAUGGUGUCUAGGGGCGUUAUCCAGUCUCUGGACAUCAUCUCGAUUACGGAGAUACACAUAUUGAAGGGUAUUCGACCAUUUCAGGUUGCUUUCUAGAAACCGGAAGUCGCCAUCUUGAAAUUCAAAAUGGCUUUUGGGCCAUUUUCUGAUCUGUGGACAUCAUCUCAGUUGCGAAAAUAAAUAUUGGAUGGUAAUUUGGCCUUGUAUUUUUCAUUGUUUUUUUUUGCUUCUAGAAGCCCCUAUCUAUUCCGGAAGGACCAUUUUGAAAGCAUAUCAACAAAACUAUUGAAUUGGUUGUAAGAUUCCAUUUAGAAAAUCAUGAAACCAUAAUAUUCCUCAGUUUCGGAGCACAUCCGCAUAUCACUAGUUAUUUUUGAGUAAUUUCUGUACAAAAACAUAGUUAUAAAACACAUUUUUUCAAUACGGUUAAUGGCACUUAGUGCGUACUUUUGCCCCGCGGUUUAUGCGUACUUACGCCAUACAAUGAGUUUUUCAACUGGUUUGAGUUUUAUGACAAACAUCAAAAUAUUUCCGGCAAAACAAAUUCACCCUACAAACCACAAUUAUACAAAAGUUUUUUGGGCUCUGUUGUUUUCGAGUUUCUGUAGUUUCUGAAUAGGUCAAUCAUAGUUCCCAAAACUAAAAAAAUUAGAUCAAAACAGCUCAAAACACAACUAUCCUCAUAGCUUCGCCCCAUUUAAACGGAAUCUUAUGUGUUUACAUGUGUGAAUAACAGACGGUAUAACACUGCAAAUUCAUACAAUGUUGCCAGUUUAUUUUGCUCGUAUGCUUCGAAAAGGCCAAUGCGUACUUUUACCCCGAGCUUACUUUUGCCCCUCACUACUCUAUAUAGUUUUAUUGCACUUUUGCAUAGAAAACUAUAGUAAAUCUUGCUGAAUUUAUCAAGAAACGCGGGAAUCCCGGGAUUCCGGGAAGCAAUAUUUCUGUUCCCGGGAUUUGGGAAACCCGGGAAAAGGUAAUUCCCGGGAUUGCAAACCCUAGUGAAAGUUUCACUUUUUUGAAAGAUGAUAAAAUGCACAGUCGGUAUGCAUGAAAUUGUCGGUAUGCAUGAAAUUGUUUCCCUUUGAAAAUAAAUUUCUUAGGAAUGCAUAAAAUUUCGAGAUCUGAUGUUUUCUCAAAAACAUCUUUUUACCUUUGUUAUACUAUUAUUACCUUUGUUUUAUUACCUUUGUUAUACUAAACAAAGGUUAUAAAAUCGGUCGAAAAACGCAAAAUAGAUCCAAGGCCCGGAGGGCCGAACCGUAUAUACCAUUCGACUCAGCUCGACGAACUGAGCAAUGUCUGUUCGUGUGUAUGUGUGUGUGUAUGUGUGUGUGUGUGUGUGUGUGUGUGUGUGUAUGUAUGUAUGUUGUCUGUAUGUAUGUGCCGCAAAAUACUAACGCACCUUUCAUAUAGAACGCAAUAUCCGAUUUUGAAGAUCUUAUACGCAAACGAAAGCUACUGCGGUCCCCCAGAAUGCUACCGAGUGGAUUUUUGAUUAGUGGCUUAGUUCUCGAAAUAUUGAUCAAAGAGUAUUUUUUACAUUAGAAAUUUAACUUCCCAAGUAACACACAAAACAUGUUAGAAAAUAGAUUACAACGAAAGUAGUCAUAAAAGUGUACUACACGCGCAAUUAAAAACUUGUGUUAUUAUAUUGUGUUUGAAGUUGUUUUUCAUCAGUAAUACAACCGCAUUUCAAAAACAAGCUCAUUUUUUUCUGGUUUUGGAGAUGUUUUUUAAUAACAUGAGUUCAAAAAUAACAAUCACUAUCACUUGGUCUUUUCGUAAGACAUUACACCAUCUAAUAACAACAUUACGUACCUGUAAAAUGCUUUUCCUUAGUACAACAGUCGUAGCAUUCAACACUCAACUUAAAAAUACUUGAUCAAAUUAAUAUUUAAAUUAUAUGAACGAUUUCUAUAUUUAUUCGAAACGGGUCAAAACGUGCCAUCAAAAGAUAAACAAAACGCCUGCAGUGUAACCAAUAUCAAUUCAGGUUUUUGUUAUUGUAUAUCUAACAACGUUUUCUAUUUUUGUUAGAUUGUAUAUCCAGAUAACGCUGAAGCUAUGCGAAAACAAUUGUAAUAUUCAAGCAAAAGAAACAACUCUUUUUGAAAGGUUGAAAAUUAUUUUUUGUCAUCAAUUUAUAAUCAAUUAAAACUGCCACUGAUAAAAGCUACUGUCGAUCUAGUUGCACUGCGCCGACACAACACAUUUGCGCAUGCGCUGGUUAACAGUUGUCAUAGCAACAGAUUUGCGCAUUGCCGUAUUAGUACUCGAGAUGUAUUUUGCCACUUAAUUCUAUCAAGUUGGCUUGCUAUCAUGCUGUUAUCGGUACUUGUUCUAUUAGCCUUCAUGUUUUGCGCUUUUCUGAUGAUAGAGAUGUCAUGGAUUAGGUAACGACAACUAUUCUAUACCAACGUGUGUUACUUAAGUUUUAAGGCAAAAUGAAUGGCAUGGAGAGCCAUGUGUUAUACACCAAUCGAAUCAGAUCGACGAACUGAACGAUUUCUGUAUUUAUGUGUAUGUGUGCUUGUAUGUAUGUAUCUGUAAAUAUGUUGUUUAUAUGUAUAGUAUAUCAGAAUCGAAACAUAAAAUUACAAAAUAAACCCUCAUUUUACAGAACGCAUAUUCCGAUUUUGAUAUUCGCAUGCUCAAAUGAACGCUCUAGAGCUCUUUAAAAACCAUACUAAGUGCGAGUUUUUAUUGGUAGCUUGAAUUGUAGAAAUUUGACCAAAGUAUAUUUCAGACAUGGGAUAUUUUACUUUUUGGAUAAUUCAUCUCUCUUUCCCUGCUCUCUCUUCUUCUUUAUCCCACUAUUUCUUUUCUUUUUUCGUAUCGUUAUUUAUUUCUCAAAAGAAAACAACAAUCAUCGACAACUUUGCAUAAUUUUUACACUCUUCGUAGCGCGGUGUAAAUAAAUUACCGUUUAGCUUUUUCUUAAAAAUUUGAAUUGGGUUUUAGAGAAAACUAAAAUGCUCACUUAGCUCCUUUUCUGCCUUGUGAUGCUUCCGUUCUCACUUACUUUGAAAUAUAUAUUAAAUUGUACGUUGAACCCAGAUUUGCGAAGAAUAAGAAUCUUUCACAGCUUUCGGGAGCCAAACAUUGUAGCAAAAUCUGAUCUCACAGUGUUGAAAUGUAACACAAUUGCAGAUAUUUUGAAAAGCUUUACCAAAGAUGUAUAGACCUAUUUACAUACGAAUAUGUUAGUGCCACCCGUUUGCAAUGCUACAAUGCUUCUCGUUACCGCAGCAAGUUUUAUAAAAUCUUCAUUUCGAAUUUUAUCAUUCAGCCUAGACCAUCGAAAAGAAUAAUGUUCUCGACUGCACUCUGAAAAUCCAAAAUUCGCAAAUGUCGUAAAAACCUUCAUUUUCAGACAAUGCAUUUGAAAAAGAAUUAAGUUGACAACUUUCAUGAACAGUUUUUUCCUGUAUAAUUCUGAACUAUAAUUUUUCGAGAACAGGUUUGUGAAAAUUUGCUUCAAUUCGUAAAAAAUAUAAGAUGCUGAUUCAUAAUUCUAGGUCCUGCGAUUUUUAAAAAUAAAGCGAAAGUGAUAUUCAAACCUGGAUUACGGGGAUUAAAAAAAAAGAACUGCAAUAAACUAGCAUACAUAUUUGCUUUUCUAGUAAGAAAUCAGCAUCAUUGUUAUCUAUUGCUGUUUCCUCACGCUCGAUUAUUUCAAGAAAAAAAUUUAGUUUCUUCUAUCUAGCAUUUAAAUGUUGGUUUGUGAUCAAAAAUAUAACACUCAUAUACUCCAGUGACAACAUCCAUAAUAUUUGCGAAACCCACGUCAAGCUUUAAUUCGAUGAUGGUAUUUGGUUCACCCUCUGAAAACUAUUUUUUAAAUUCGUUUUAUUCAUUAUUGGAAUUGGACUUACGUUGGAAUACGAUUUGUGGUUUAGUGGUCUAAUAAGUAUAAAGUAAUAGGUAGUUAGUAUAACAAAGGUUUCUGCAUCACUAGGUGGAUUGAUUCAGGUUUUUUAAAUUGGACUUCCAGUUCGGAAACUCUACUCUCAGAAAGUCGAUUGGAACAAAUUAAAAAUAACACCAGAUCUCGACGAUCCAUACUCUCCUACGACAUUUGACAUCACCAUUCCAAGUUUUGUUUCUUGCGUCAGAAAAGUAAAACUUUGACCGUUUUGAGACACAACUUCAGGAAGUCCGAUUGUAAAGGCUAAGUUAAUCUUUUAAACAUUUGCUAGACUCUUGUUAUAUAUAAGUCCCCGUACGUGCGUAGAAAAUAACGACCGCCCGUAAUCAAGUCUGUUGCUAGAUUGAUUCUAUUGAAAAAAUUCUUUUCAAACCAUGAAUCUUACACUUCCAGCCUUCAGGGGGUACGCGAAAGAAAAAUCAGUAAUGGCAGGCUAAGCAUUUUUCUUUAUAAUACUUCAUUUGUUGCUCAAAUUUGCUCUUAAAACAUAACUAUAAUAGCAAUCAAACAAACCAUAGUUCAAUUUGAAACCUGAGCCUUAACCAAAUUUACUACUACUCUCUCUCACUCUGCAAGAACAUUCCACGCGGACAAAAAAAAAGGUUGAGAACCGCGCGCUGCGCUGGCGUAGAGAAUUCGAAACAGAAAAUUUUUUGUAACUAUCCUCCAAAGAAUUUUGACUCAAUGAAGCCGCUAGACCUGCGAUUAUAAUUGUCAAACAACAAUAAGAAUGCCAUCCUGUCCGAUGUAUAACAACGGACUUUUGCUAUCUUUAUCUCUACUUAAAAAGCAUCGCCGGUUCGUAUGUGCGCUUUUUAGCGCUUAAUAUAAACCAGUUUUUCAUCAUCAUGUCUACCUUGGAAUCCUUUAAAAGUUUUCAUAAACCAGACGGAACAGUAAAUUGUAGGUAUAAUUGUGUUUCUUGUUCACAAGUUGAGUGGAACAAUCAGGAAGCCCACUCUGUCUCGCUCCGUUACUCGUUCACUCGUCUUCCACCAUCUUGAACUGGAAAAAAAUGCACGCUGCCUCAAGUGGAUAUGGCCAGCACUUUCCUGAAUCAGACAAACCUUCCAAUUGGUACUGCAGUGCAUUUCCGCAUCACCACUGGUCGGGCACCGUACGUGGGCGGAAAUUUGAUUAAAUCAACCGUCAGCAGCUUCCUGUGUAUCCGGUCAACAAAACAAACGGAAGGGGUCGGUAAGAUACUAACCUGCACUGGAAACUGAUUGAUCGACCGGCGAACGGGUCAAGUGGUGGCUUUAAUUAAGCUAUUCCGAAGGAAGGGUGGAAACCGCAAACGAGUGACGAGGAUUGCUGCUAGUUUCCUUCUCGAGUACGGCGCUGAACGCGUUUGCUUUUCUGCUGGGAGAAUUAUCAUUACGAGUGACAGAAAAAGGAUAUAACCACACGCUCUUGCAGGCGUUCAUAGAUUAAGCCAUCCCCUCUAGCGUGUAGUUAGUGAGAUAGUCAAAAGUUUUAGUGCAACCAUAAAGUACAGCGUUAUCCUCGUCUACAGCAAUGGGAAAGCAAAAUAGCAAACUGAAGCCAGAGGUGUUGGAGGACUUGAAGCAGAACACAGAAUUUUCAGACGCAGAGAUACAAGAAUGGUACAAAGGUUUCCUGAAAGACUGCCCCAGCGGCCACUUGUCGGUGGAGGAAUUCAAGAAGAUUUACGGCAACUUUUUUCCCUACGGAGAUGCAAGUAAGUUCGCAGAGCACGUAUUCAGGACUUUCGACGCGAACGGUGACGGUACAAUUGAUUUCCGGGAAUUUCUAUGCGCUCUGAGUGUCACAUCCCGCGGAAAACUAGAGCAAAAGUUGAAAUGGGCCUUCUCAAUGUACGACCUAGACGGAAACGGGUACAUUUCUCGGCAGGAGAUGCUCGAGAUUGUCACUGCAAUCUACAAAAUGGUUGGAUCGGUAAUGAAAAUGCCGGAAGAUGAAAGCACACCUGAGAAGCGGACGGACAAGAUCUUCCGCCAGAUGGACCGCAACAAGGACGGCAAACUAAGCCUGGAGGAGUUCAUCGAAGGUGCAAAAAGUGAUCCGUCGAUCGUACGGCUGUUGCAAUGUGAUCCGCAGGCGCAGUGAGCAAUUCCAUACACACACCUUCUCCAUCUUUGUAGGAAUCGACGGCGGCGCUGGGCGCAUCAGCACUGGCGCCGGCGUCGAUUAUCUACCACUGCUACUGCUACUACUACUUCUACUAUAACUACUAUUAAAAAAAUUGAUGAGAAUGAAAAUUGGCUAGCAAUCACAACAGCUGAAGAUGCGAGUUCAAACAGCGAAAAAUGCCACCGCGUAUGCAACCAACAACACAAACAAACUUUGCAAAACGCUAAAAGUAACUCCGAUAACAUGAAAUCUAAUAAUUAUAAAAUUUUACUAUUAUAUAACAAUAUUUAUUACAAAUCACAGUUUAUAAUUUACAAAUUGAGAAAAAGAUUAAAACUAUUAAAACACUUACAAAUAAGCAUCACAAAAGUUUAAACACAAAACAAGUAAAUAAACUCAACUUAAGGAAUCGUUGAAUCAGCUGCAGAUUUUUUUUAGAUACAUAUAUAAAUAGUUGAGCGAGUUUAAAUGUAAAUAUAUUUUAAAUUGAUAUUUCUUUUCAUCGCUUUUUGUGGACGAUUGUGUCCGUUCCACUGUCAUCUGCAUCAUCGAUAAAGGGCCACCCUUGCGCAAAUCGAAUAGCUCUAGUUCGCACCAUAUCGAACCGAAUCGCCUCCUCGUUCGGUGAUUCACCAGCUGUCUUCGAGAGCAAACUGACCGAUACCGAUCGCGCACGCGGCGUUGUCCUAUAAUUACACCUCCCCCUCCCCCCUGCAUCCUGCUGCUGUUCGUCCUUGUUUUCAUCGUUAGUAGAAUUUAAAAAUGUUUAGGCUCACCCUUGGGGUCUUUAUUAACGCAUAGAGAUAAAUCAUGUUUAAGAUCUAGCUGCUGUUACCUUUAAUCCCGCCAAAUUGGAAUUUCCUUUUAAAAGCCCCUGUAAUCUGUAUACAUAAAUGAAAAUAAUUAAAAGAAAAUUCCUACGUCUUUUCCGCUAUAUUGGAUUUUUAGGAUUGUUGAAAAUAGUGUGAUACUACCCUCUAGCUAUACUAAAUCUUUGUAUUCAAUCGAAAGGAAUAUCAAUGAAAAAUAUUGAAAGAAAUGCCCUCCGGCAACAUUCGCUCGGAAGUCCGAUAAAGGAGAGUAUUCUGAGCGCGGCAAUACUUCUGAGCCUUGACUAAGCAGGAAAAGAUCAAGUAUCGAUAUAAAUUGUUAAUUUCGAUUCGAAAAUACUGAUCUAUCCCUUGUGCCAUUUUCUCCGAACAAGGCUCUAGGGGCGUGUUCUGCAAAAAAUUCUCAAAAGACAAAACGUACAGAGAAUAAUUGUUUGCGGAACUCAAAAGCCCUCCUGCGCUGGAAUGUUGCCGGAGAAGCUCUUGUCCGCCCAUAUUCGCUUGCUGGUGACCACCAUCAUCUUCACCACCACCAACACUUGCAAACAUUACAACAAGAGAACGGAAUUUUCAAAGAGAACAAUUCGGGGCCUAAUCAAUUGUGAAUACGAAUACAGUAAACAAAGUCAAACAAACACACACACACAAACGAACAAACAAGAGUAGAAUUAUUCGCUGCCUCCGCGAAUUCACAUUAGCACAUCUGCCUAAUCGAUUGAAACUGCAAAUUUAAAUCUAAAACCAAUCCAAUAGUUAUACAAAAAUGAAGAAACCUUACUCGCGUGCACGCGAGGGAAUGACGGAAUUGAGAGAUAAAUACAAGAAGAGAAACAAACUUCCUGUUUCCGGUGAAAUGUAUGUUGCUGGAGAAAAAAAAAGAGAAAUGUAACAAUGGAGAAGACAAAGAACUAGAAAAAGAUACAUAGCAUUACGGUUGUACAAGCAAGAAAGGUUGCAAUUGUUAACUUGACAUUUAGUGAGUGUGCUAAAAUGGUUUAAUUGAAUUAAAAAAAAAGUUCGGAAGAGAUUGCAAUCGAAAACUACGGUAGGAUUAAAUUUCCCUCAAAGUAUUGAACCCAUUUUUUAUAUGUAAUACAAUUCGUAAGUGUUUUGAUCCCACUCCCAAUUAUUUAUUAUAUUAGAUUAUUUUAGUCGUCUUUCGGAGCCGCACUCCAGCCCUGUUCUUUGGAGUCGAGUUAUGAACUGACUGACCACCGCUAACUGUCGCGUUUACCUAAGUUGUGCCACGAUUUUCCCCCACUAACUUUUGUCGUAAUUUUUUCCCCACCAUUUUAUACACUAGCAGACAGCAUUCUUCUGUUCGUUAACUAGGUUAUAUUAAAGACAUGUUCGAAGUUUUUCUUUGUUCACAGGUUUCACAAUGCUAGCUUGUUUGUUAGUUUGACGCAACAUUUCAUACGUAAUUUACGGUUGGAAUGUUUGAAACAACAAAGCACAGCAAGUGACAGACCGAUUAUGCUAACUGAACUUUUGUACAGUCCUUUUGAAUAAAAUAAUGUUCCCCAUAUUUUUUUUUUUACUCUAAGUUAGUUUGUGUUUCAAUUUAGUUUUAUUAUUUGAAAGAAAAUUCGUAGUGUUUACCUUCAGUAUUAGGAUGUUAAUCUCGAAAUAUUGCACCAAUGUCAGUGCUAGUUUUAUAGUUUGCGUGCACAGUGUGUCCUUAGAUCAUAGUUAACCAGUUUUGCAUUUGUUUUGGAUUUUUUUUUCUUCAAAUUUACUCUUGCUUCGAGUGAAGCCGAAUAGGACGUGUUAUUCAUCCUGUUAAACAAACUCUUUCACUUCUGUCACUCUAACUAACAAAAAAAAUAAAGUUUCUGCAUGCGAAUUUUAAUGUAUUGUAAACUCGGAGUAAUUUUCAGGUUUAGAACCGGAUACUUUCAUAAACUUUGCGGAAUAUCCAUGCUACAGUUCUAAGAUAACUUCUCUUUCUACACACUUUAAUCCUAUAAGGACUAGGAAUCUUUGAAGAGUUUUCCAUUUUUCAAUUAAUACUCUUAGAGCAAAAUAUACCUAUAGCAAAUCUAGUUGAUGUUGCAAGAAUACAGCUUACAUAGCAAGGAAACCUCCCGAGAAAAUAUUCGCGAUAAAGCGAAAGCGCAAGAUUGUUUUUAGUCAAUGCAGCUAGCAAGUAAUGAAAUAAUGAAGAGGAAGUGUUGAGCGUACAGGCUCAGCACCGGACACACGCACACAUGCAAAAACAAAAAAAUGCAAACAAAGUCAAAACGCACCCAUGUCAAUAACGUAAAACUAUGGCACCGCCGAAGAGUGCUGCAAGUGCUGAGGGAGAGGCUAAACUCUAAGCCUGAUUGAAUUGAAUGUACCUCCAAGUUAGUAAAAACAAAAACUUUAAAGGCGCUCAUAAAUACAUUUUACUUCAGAUGCGUUACAUUUGAGAGAUUGUUAAGUGGGGGAAAAAAUGAUGAAAAAUGUGAAACAACAGCUGAAGUCAUUACUUAGAUAGUACUGUUUUAUUUUUGAUGAAUUCAAAACAAUACCAAACUAGUACAUACGACACAAAAUAAAUGUGAAAUUACCGA